AUGGCCAUGUACAUGUUAACACCACCGGUGUCAGAUAUUCAGAAUAUAACAAUCGCCAGCCUUCACCCACCAGGCUGGUCCCGGCAAAACACUGGUACCAACGGAAAUACUACAAUAAUCAGACAAAAAUCCCAGCCCCACCGGCUGCAGUGCGUUCCCUGCCCGCUAGGCAGUCAAGCUAACAUAAAAACCCAGCCCCACCGGCUGUAAUGCGUUCCCUGCCCGCUAGGCAGUCAAGCUAACAUAAAAACCCAGCCCCACCGGCUGUAAUGCGUUCCCUGCCCGCUAGGCAGUCAAGCAAACAUAUAAAAUGCGUUCCCUGCCCGCUAGGCAGUCAAGCAAACAUAUAAAAUGCGUUCCCUGCCCGCUAGGCAGUCAAGCAAACAUAUAAAAUGCGUUCCCUGCCCGCUAGGCAGUCAAGCAAACAUAAACUGCGUUCCCUGCCCGCUAGGCAGUCAAGCAAACAUGAACUGCGUUCCCUGCCCGCUAGGCAGUCAAGCAAACAUGUAAAAUGCGUUCCCUGCCCGCUAGGUAGUCAAGCAAACAUAUAAAAUGCGUUCCCUGCCCGCUAGGCAGUCAAGCAAACAUAAACUGCGUUCCCUGCCCGCUAGGCAGUCAAGCAAACAUGUCUUAAGGGUAUAAUAAACACACACACAUAAAUGAAUACAGGAGGCAGAUAGACAAUCGACAGGUUCACUUAAAAAAGGGCGCACCGGAUGAGUUAGUUACCUGUCUCUAGUAGCCUUCUGGAAGCCGGAAGUGGACUCGGAGACAGACCGGCACAAAACAGGAGAAUAACACAGGCAACGGCUGUAUUAUGGAGGUGAUCAGGCUCCGCUUGUCCCACUUUCCGGAGGUCCGCUCCGGUCCGUUGGUUCCGGCCCUCCGAACCGGCUCUCCGGUGGGCCCCACGUUGGGCGCCAAUUGAAGUGGAAAAAUCAAUUAAAGUAUUGAUUAUUUCUUUGUGUAUCUGCCCCUGGCCAAAUCAAUGAAACAAUGCGUGCACGCUCCCUGAAGUAAUUCACACCAGACACAGGUUCUAGGUUGUUGAAUAACUUGAGGAAAGUUUAUUCAGAGGGGACGGCAAGUCCCUUUUAAAGCAAAAUUACAUCAUAUGCAUUGUCAGAGAUAACAUGGAAUAAUACAUCAAUAAUUGGUUAGGUGUUAAGUGGUUGCUCUAAUGCUCUGCCUACUGCAGGUGAUGUCACCGGGACCAUGAGGGUCUCCCACGGUUUCCCGGCGCCAUCUUGUUACACGAGGUAGUUAGUCGAUGUUUAAGAAGGGAGGGGGAGGGGAAGGAGGGGUUAGAAGCUUCUAGCAGCCAUCUUGAUUGAAAUAUGUGUGCUCAGAUUUAUAUGUGAUAUAUAUUGUAGAAUGAGUCAAUAGACAUUUUCUCUAACUAGGAAAUAUGUAUAGACCUUAUUUCCACAACAAUAUAUAUAUGUCAGACAAACUGUAUCGGGGGCUUCCAGGCUCGCAUCCAGUCACAAAAUCGUAAGUUGCGGCUGUCGCACUAAUGGCGCAGCCGAUGACGUCAGGGGGGGUCGACGGGUGCACGCUGUAUAUUUGCAUUUUCGGAUAUUUACAUUACUAUGCAUUCGGUUAAACGUUUGACAAAUCAUUAGAUUUCUCGGUCAUUCGGUAGGUUAUAAUUAUGGCUUGCUUAGGCCGUUCGUUUGCCGAACACUGUAUUAUUUUAGUGAUGGGUUUUCGGUAUUAGGGUGACCUCUGGUGGCUGGAUUGGUUAUAGCAGGUCUUAUUUUUACACAGUUUGUAGUUACAUUUUGAUAUAGUGUUAAUUACAUGUCUGACUGACCUCUGGUGGUCAUAAUAGUUAUGACUUAGUGCUGGGAAUUUUUUUACAUAUGGAUGAUGAUAGUUUACUACUGAUAAUAGGGGUUCUGGUAGGGUUGUAUGGCUUGAUAGGUAUGUGGCACUCAUAUGCUACAUUUGCAAUUUUGAAUAAAUCAGCAGAUGGUUAGAGAUGGAAUAACUUUUCUAUGAGCAUUUUACAUCUCCAGCUCUUAAAGGUCCAAACACGUACACUAUAUGUACCACAGCUAAGAGUAUCAUAUGUCUGCAAUUGUUAUAGGACAUAUAUAUUUAGGUGCUAAUGAAUCUGUUGCAUGUCAGUAAUUGUGGACCUUUUUCAGUCUCAACAGCAUCCACAGUGUGCUGCUACUAUACCAACUUUGCACCUCGUAUAGGUCAGUAAUCACUAGUUAUUAUCCUCUCAUGAUCCCACAAGGGCCGGGUACUUAUGUGUAUUUUCUGUAUUACCAGGUUUAGGCCAUCCUUACUCCUUUGGAGUAUUUGGUUCCAGUCCCCUACGGUUGGAAUAUAUAUCGGUAGGUAUGCUGUUAGCAGGGGGAUAGGAGGGUUGCAUAUUAUCAUAACCCUGGAAACUCACUAUUACUUUCAUAGGUUACUAAAGAACGCCUGUUUCACCUCUUACUACUACCUUGCAAUUUGCUCAUCAGGUACGUCAUGAUUUCUCUGCAAUUUUCCCCAUCCUCCCUACCCUUUCGGGUUCAUAGUACAGGGCUAUACUGGCAUUUAAGAACAGGAGCCUCUAGGUAAGUUUUCUGGCCUUCUAAGCCUUACGUUAGUGGUCCCGCGAGGCCAACACCCAUCCUCAUUUCUGAGGUACGACUCUCUUGGUUGCAUAGAGAGGGCCUCACUUGUCACUCCCAUUCUGUCUUAUGCUUUCACAAGUCACAGAGAGGCCAUCACCCCGCCAUAAUGUCAAUGGCCACGUACUCCACACAAGCCAAAUCAUAGAUAGUGCCUCUCAAAGCCGUUUGACAAUUAGCAGGGCCUCACCCGUCACGUUAUUACGUAAUAGUUUCGCCACUUGUCAUUAGUUACAUCAGCCAGUCGGGUAGUACCCAAGUUAACAUGUUAUUUUGUUUUGUAGCAUGUCACAACUACCUAAAGGCGUGGAAGAUUUGUCCAUUCCCAGUACACCGGCUAGAUCAGUCUCUCCUUCCCGGGGUGAUGACACGGCAAGCCCUGCAUCACUUAGGGCAUGGACCAUUCCUAGGAUCACUGCCAAACUGAGGAAAAGGAACAUUCCCUUUCCUGCUACGGCUAGGAAAGCCGAAUUAUAUAGACCGUUGAAUACUCAGACUGAUAAUUCGGGGGCGGGUGAAGGGUCUAGUGGUAGCCAGUCGGCUGAUCUACAUACUGUUUUAUCUUCAGUCCUGACUUCCUUGGGCCGUAUUACAGCCAAAUUUGAUAAGAUGGAUGCAGAUAGCCAGCAACGGUCACCCUCAGAACUAGGGCAUCCGGUUGCUACGGUUCGCCCAGACCACCUAACGGGUAAUAUUCCAACUAGUAUGAAAGACCCGCAUAUUAUUAACCCGGCACACAUGGUGCCUGCUAGCAUCAAGAAGGACAUCUUGGAAGGAAAGGAUAUCAAUCUGGUAUCACUUCUCAUUGCUUCUCAAGAUGUCCUUGAAAAUAAAACUUAUGCUUAUGGGGACGUGUCUGUAGUGUUAAAAUCUAGGGACCCUAGAUUGAAUCGCAAGCUAUCCAUACCCGAAUUUGUGUUGGCUUUCGGGAUCUAUAGAGACGUGAUAUGCUCCGUAUAUCCAGAUAGGAGGGAAGAGUUGGAUCUCUAUCUCCACAAGCUGGUGGAUUUGGGGCACAAGUACGGUGGCACGUCUUUUUACGACUACCACCGUGCAUUUUCCGCAAAGGCUUCGGCUGCUCUAUCCCAGUUUAAUUAUCAAACUGAUUGGGGGGUGCUUGAUACGGAGCUUUUUUGCUGACACUUUGCGGGCCUCAAAACCCCAGCUUGUGCCAUUUGUGCGUCCGACUCCCACACGGCCAAUUUGUGCCCUAACUCCCCAGAGGUGAAUGCUCUAUUCCCCCCUACAAAUAUGAUGCCCACUGGGAGAACAGGCAAGGUACUGAAGGAUAAACUGGGACGUGAUAGUGUUUUUGGGAAAAUCUCAAAUUUGUAAUAAUUUUAACACAGGCACUUGUGGCUACAGUGCUUGCAGACUACUGCAUUUCUGCUUCAGGGCUCACUCUAAGGUCAUGCGUCCGAAUAAUAUAUCCCAAGCAGUACCUUUGUCUCUUAAUGUCUCCCUGCUGAAAGAGUUAUUGUGUGAUCACCCAUCUCAACAUCUCGUAGAUUUUCUGGUGGCAGGGUUCGUUUUGGGGUUUCACACUGGUAUUGUGCAUAUGCCUACUGAGAUCCUAGAAUGUAAGAACUUGCAGACGGCCCAAGCAGCUCCAGACACAAUUGACGUACUUCUACAGAAAGAAAUUAAUCAAGGGUUUCUAAUUGGCCCUUUCGACUCCCCGCCUUUCGCGGUUUGGAGAACUAACCCCAUAGGACUUGUCACAAGUAAAUCCUCCAAUAAGCAAAGGUUGAUUCUGGACCUCUCUGCUCCCCACGCUUCACCUACCCCAAGUCUUAAUUCGCUUAUUCCAUCUGAGGAAUUUUCUCUCCAAUAUGCAACCAUAGACCAUGCCAUCACGGCCAUCCUCUCGGCGUGAGUGGGGGCAUGGCUUAGUAAAAUGGACAUAGUGAAUGCACUUAAGUUACUCCCUAUCCAUCCGUCCCUGUGGCAUUUACAUGGUGUUAAGUGGCAUGAUUUAUAUUAUUUUUUUCACGCGUCUCACGUUUGGGUCUAAGAGCAGCCCCAGGAUUUUUUAUAUAUUUGCUGAGACGUUGUGCUGGAUGCUGCUUAACAUAUUUAAAUGCCCUACCGUUAUCCAUUAUCUAGAUGAUUUUUUGUCCGUAGAAAGUAACCUCUUACCUCCCAGUAGCCUCCUUUCUACAAAACGACUGUUCUCACAACUUGAAGUACCUAUUUCACCCACAAAGACUGAAGGUCCGGAUACGAUCAUUAACUUCUUGGGGGUGGUGCUGGACUCUGUGCAUAUGUAGGCUAGCCUCCCCAGGGAAAAGAUUGAACGCAUCCUUUCAGCCAUUGACCAUUACCUAGCAGGUGGUUCUUGUAAUAGAAAGGAGUUGCAAUCCCUGUUGGGUUCACUUAAUUUUGCAAUGAAAAUUAUACCACAAGGGAGAGCAUUUAUAUCACGAUUGCUGAGCUUAUUUCCCCUAUUACAAACUGAUUCCUCACGCAUUACAUUAGACAUUCAUGCUACCGCUGACCUACGCAUGUGGAGGGAAUUUUUGUUGCACUGGAAUGGAAAAAGCAUUUUCAUUCCAGUAUGGACGAAUAAGUCAGUGUCUGUAUGGACAGAUGCAGCAGCCACUUCGGGAUUUGCCGCAAUUUUUGGCAAUGAAUGGAUGUGGGGUAUAUGGCCGGAGGAAAUUAAUGAGAUUCCUGAGUUUAAAGACACCUCGGCGUUAUUUGAGCUGUACCCGAUCGUGACAGCAGCAGUUAAAUGGGGUGCUUGCUGGUCUGGGAAUAAGGUGCGUUGCUUCUCAGACAACAUGGCAACAUGCCAUAUUGUAAACAAGGGACGUUCCACUUCCCUGGCCAUCAUGCGAUUUAUGAGGACUCUCACAUGGCUAGCUGUAAAACACAGUUUCUUCUUAACGUGCAUAAAUGUUCCUGGGGUUCUGAAUAUCGCUGCUGAUCAUUUAUAGCGGUCUCGAUUUCAGGAGUUCUGGGCGGCACUACCAACAGCUACCCUGAUACCAGCUCCAGCGCCGCAGUGGCAGGAGAUGGUUUGGGACUAAAGGAACUACUCACUCACGGACAGCAACUCUCUCAAAUGGGUCUUUCGGUUAACACCAGGAAGGCAUACGGCAGGGCCUUUCAUAUCUUUAAUAAGUUUCUGCUUGACUACAAGAUUUUCCAUGGAACAAUGAUUGCAUUCAUUUCCUUUUGCCACCUUCACCUAACACUAUCAUUCAACACUAUUAAGUUAUACAUCACCGGUAUUCAACAUCACAUCCUCACUACUUGGCCUAAUAAACAACACUUUCUGUCAUCUUACCAAGUUAAAGCUAUACUUAAAGGUAUCAAGGACUCCACCCCUACACCCACACCAUCCAGAUUACCCAUCCACGAUCUCCUGUUCCAGUCUCUGUCAAACCUGUUAGACACUUCACCAUUUGAAACUCACACUAAUCAGGUAAUUAAAACAGCCAUCUAUUUAGCUUUUUACGGUUUCCUUCGGCCCAAAGAAUUUACCACCUCUAACUACUGCACCCCCAACUUUAUCACACGGUCAAACCUGGUAAAAGCACACAAUCGCUAUUUACUGUCCCUACACCAUACGAAAACAAGUACCAAGGGUCAGAUGGUCACUAUUACCUACUAUCCCACUGGUAAUAGAUGGUGCCCCGUGGAAGUGUUCGAUCAAUACCUCUCCUCCUUUCCCUCGGCUCCAACCCAACCACUGUUAGCCUUACACGGGAAUACGCUCACUACGAGCAAAUUCAUGCUCUAUGUAAGGAUGUUGUUGGUUCGGUUAGGCUUGAACCCAGCCGAAUAUUCCGGUCAUUCAUUUAGAAUAUUAGCAGCUACUACCGCUUCUAAAAGGAAUAUUCCAGCUCACAUCAUUAAGAUAUUAGGCCGAUGGAAGUCCACGGCUUACCCCAGAUACAUUCCUCAGCCGGUACAAGAGGUGCACCGUACAUUUAAAAAUAUGAUUAUGUGAUAUCCUAUGUUGUAUUGUAUGCUGAAUAAACUGGUUACACCUUUUUGCCCUCUUUUAUUUCAGGCCUACUACCUCGUCAGUUACGGCACACCAUAACUGACUUGUUCCAUGCACUGUUUGUUUUAUGUUACUCAUUCUACGGCUUUAUGCCCUGACCACAAAUGGAAGGCAGGGCCUGAAGUUGUGGGAGGGGCUUGGUUCCCCUUCUUAAGGAGCACCAGCCCUUCCCUCAGUAUCAUCUUAGGUCUGGUGAUUUCUCCCACCAACCACACCUCCUUUUAUAAAUAGUUCAUAAGGUAGGCCCUCUUUUAUUUCAGGCCUACUACCUCGUCAGUUACAGCACACCACAACUGACUUGUUCCAUGCACUGUUUGUUUUAUGCUACUCAUUCUACGGCUUUAUGCCCUGACCACAAAUAUAUAUAUAUUAAUUCUACAUAUAUAUUUAUGUAAUAUUUUUACAUAAUGAAGUCAUUUUACUGAUUACAAUUUGCAGGACCUGACUGAUAACCCAGGCAGAAAUUCCAGAGAAUUUAAUUUGCUAGCACUAUAUGUAACCCUGUAACUUUCCAAAACACAAUAAAACCUGUACAUUUGGGGUACUGUUUUACUCGGGAGACUUCUCUGAACACAAAUAUUAGUUUUUCAAAACAGUAAAAUGUAUUACAACGAUGAUAUCAGUGAAAGUGACUUAUUUGCAUUCUUCACACACAAACGACAUUUAUAACGAUAUAAUUGUUGUGGUACAUUUUACGGUUUUGAAACACUAAUAUUUGUGUUCAGCAAAGUCUCCUGAGUAUAACAGCACCCCUCAUGUACAGGUUUUAUGGUGUUUUCAAAAGUUACAAAGUCAAAUAUAAGGCUUGUGUUUCAGUUUUUUCACAUUUAAAUUCAACAGAUUGGUUAUGUUGCCUUUGAGACCGUAUGGUAGCCCAGGAAUAAUGAUGACAUACCAUUUGCAAUAGUAGACAACCAAAGGUGUUGCAAAUGGGGUAUGUCCAGUCUUAUUUAGAAGCCACUUAGUCACAAACACUGUCCAAAAUUGGUGUUCAAAUUAGUUUUUUGCAUUUGUCACACACAAAUAUUAACACUAACUUUUGCCAGUGUUUGUGACCAAGUGGCUACUAAAAAAGACUGCACAUACCCCAUUUGCAAUACCUUGGGUUGUCUACUAUUGCAAAUGGUAUGCCAUCAUGAAGGUAAUUCUCAUUCCUGGGCUACCAUACGGUCUCAAAGGCAACGUAACCGAUCUGGCGAAUUUCAAUGUGAAAAAACUGAAAAAUGUAACAUGCAAGAUUUCAUCCUGUAACUUACCAAAAUACCAUAAAACCUGUACAUAGCGGGUACUGUUUUACAUGUGAGACAUUUCUGAAUACAAAUAUGUGUAUUUUAUUGCAGUAAAAGCAAACAGUCUUAUGACAUUUACAGUUAAAAUGUCAUGUAGAAAUAAAUAAAUAACAUUUCUUAUUUUCUCCCAUUUUUUAAAUAUUUUAUUCAUAUUAAAUUAUGUUUCAUACCUAAAUAUUUGAUGUUAAAUGAAAGCGCUGUUACCCCUGAAUAAAAUGAUAUAUAAUAAGUGUGGGUGCACUUAAAGGACCACUCUAGGCACCCAGACCACUUCAGCUUAAUGAAGUGGUCUGGGUGCCAGGUCCAGCUAGGGUUAACCCAUUUUUUUAUGUUUAUGAAUGGGUUAAGCCUUCCCCCAUUCCCUCUAGCGGCUGUCUCAUUGACAGCCGCUAGAGGCGCUUGCGUGCAUCACACUGUGAUUUUCACAGUGAGAGCACGCAAGCGUCCAUAGGAAAGCAUUGAUAAUGCUUUCCUAUGCGACCGGCUGAAUGCACGCGCAGCUCUUGCCAUGCGUGCGCAUUCAGCUGACGGGGCGGAAUGGAGGAGGAGAGAAGGAGGAGAGCUCUCCGCCCAGCGCUGGAAAAGGGUAAGUUUAAACCCCUUUCCCCUUUCCAGAGCCGGCGGCAGGGGGUCCCUGAGGGUGGGGAGACCCUCAGGGCACUAUAGUGCCAGGAAAACGAGUAUGUUUUCCUGGUACUAUAGUGGUCCUUUAAUAUGAAAGAGGUGAAUUACGGUUGAACAGACAUGUAGUCCAAUUCCAGACUUUGUUUACGUUUUGUUUUGAUCACAACGUGUACAUUUGGCUCAGUCCUUAAGGGGUUAAACUACUAUUUUUUAAAUUAUGUAAUAUACACUAUUGUUCAUUCACUAGUUCACUUCAGUGCUUAACCUCGUGCCAUUUUUCUUUCUUUCUAUUCUACACAGGAUUCCAUAUCUCGGCAGAAAUAUGCUUUGGCAGCUAUUUUCCACUCUGCUACAAUGCUGCCGGAGGUCAAUGAUCUUGUCCAGUUUGAGAUCAGUGUAGGGAACUAUGGAAAUAAAUUUGAUGGCACCUGUAAACCUUUGUCAUCCACAACCCAAUACAGACAGCCCAUGUUUGAUGGUAAAUAA